CCAAAACGGAUCACUCCCUCGAAAACUAUCCAAGUAUCAUCCAACCACAACCCCUCUCUCUAUCACUAGACAUGGAACAGGAUCCAGGAUUCAUCGCAGCCGUGGAAGAAGCCAAAAAGGGCGCCGAAGAAGGCGGCAUCCCCAUCGGAGCUUGUCUGGUCUCCAAGGAUGGAAAGAUUCUCGGUCGUGGACACAAUAUGCGCGUUCAGAAGGGUAGCGCUACUUUGCAUGCUGAGAUGUCUGCUCUCGAGAACUCGGGCCGCUUGCCCGCUUUCGCCUAUGAGGGCGCUACAAUGUAUACUACUUUGUCGCCUUGCGACAUGUGCACUGGGGCUUGUAUACUGUACAAGGUGAAACGGGUAGUCAUUGGCGAGAACAAAAACUUCCUGGGUGGAGAGGAGUAUCUAUUGAAUCGAGGUAAGGAGGUGGUGGUUUUGGAUAAUGAAGAGUGCAAGGAGAUUAUGGCCAAGUUCAUCAAGGAAAAGCCGGAGUUGUGGAAUGAGGAUAUCUCGGUUUAAAGACCGUGGUCUUUCGAGCAUCGUUACAUGUUCAUCAAACAUUGAAAACGCGAUUUUAGUAAAAUAAAAAAGAAA